AACCCCCUCCUCCACCUUGUAAGGAAAGCUGAGAAGCUGAAAGCUCGUCGAUCGUCGUCCCCCUCGAGCGCAGAAUUCUCUUCUUCGCCAACCGUCGUCCGUCAAAUCAAAACACGGUUCUCCCCAAGAUGCAAUCGAUGGAUGCGGAACAAGUCCCAUCCACCUCGUAUCUCUCGUUGGGACCUGGAAGAAAUGCGUAUCCGUAUGUGACGGGCGCGUCUGUGCUGGCGCUCAAGUACAGGGAUGGGAUUCUGAUGGCUGCUGACAUGGGAGGUUCUUAUGGAUCUACUUUGAGGUACAAAACCGUUGAGCGUAUAAAGCCUAUUGGAAAACAUUCUCUCCUGGGUGCGAGUGGAGAGAUAAGUGAUUUUCAGGAGAUAUUACGUAACCUUGAUGAACUGAUUCUUUACGACAAUAUGUGGGAUGAUGGGAAUUCCUUCGGGCCCAAAGAAGUGCAUAAUUAUGUGACUCGGGUCAUGUAUAAUAGGCGGAACAAGUUCAACCCAUUGUGGAACUCUCUAGUUUUAGGUGGAGUUAAGAAUGGACAAAAAUAUCUUGGCAUGGUUAGCAUGUUAGGCGUGAGUUUCGAAGAUAACCAUGUGGCUACUGGGUUUGGCAAUCACCUUGCACGGCCAAUUCUUCGUGAUGAGUGGAACGAGAACUUGAGUUUUGAAGAUGGUGUUAAGCUAUUGGAGAAGUGCAUGCGCGUGCUUCUGUAUCGAGACAGUUCUGCAGUCAAUAAGCUUCAGAUUGUAAAAAUCACAGAAGAAGGAGCAACAACUUUUCCACCCUACUCUUUGAAAACCUUCUGGAGCUUUGAAGCAUAUAAAAACCCCACCGUUGGUGAAGAAGGACAUCACUUGAAGAUGGAGAACAAGAAUGAAGUCUGAUUUAGGUCCAACAGAUCCAUGAACGGUCUAUGUGCUGUUUA